ACAGGGCACGGAGGAACCGGCUUGCGCCACUGCACAGGACGUCUGCUGGGACCGGAACGCCCACGACAGCCUCUUCAUGGCGGUGCCUGAGACCCCCUCCCUGGACUUGAGUUGCUUCUCCUCUCCACCCGUGAACUUCCUUCAAGAAUUGCCAAGCUACCGGUCCAUCGCCCGCAGGAGGACGGCCAUCCUUUCCCGUGACAAGCAAAGCGGCACUUUGCUAAAACCGACAGACUGUUACAGCUCCCGCCUGGAGGGAGGAAUCGCUGAGAACCUCAAUAGCCAAUGCAUUCGAAAGUAUGCACUGAACAUCUCCGAGAAGCGGAGACUCAGGGACAUUCAGGAGACCCAAAUGAAGUAUCUAUCCGAGUGGGACCAGUGGAAACGGUACAGCAGCAAGUCUUGGAAGAGAUUCCUGGAGAAGGCUCGCGAGAUGACGACCCACCUGGAGCUGUGGCGGGAGGACAUUCGCAGCAUAGAAGGGAAAUUUGGCACUGGGAUUCAGUCCUAUUUCUCCUUCUUGCGGUUCCUGGUGCUGCUGAAUUUGGUGAUAUUUCUGAUCAUCUUUAUGCUGGUUUUGCUCCCAGUCUUGCUUACCAAAUACAAGAUCACCAACAGCAGCUUUGUGCUCAUUCCAUUCAAAGACAUGGAUAUACAAUGUACAGUGUAUCCAAUAAGUAGCUCUGGACUCAUUUACUUUUACAGCUAUAUCAUAGACUUGCUUUCCGGCACUGGUUUCUUGGAGGGGACCAGCCUCUUUUAUGGACAUUAUACCAUUGAUGGGGUGAAAUUUCAGAACUUCACCUAUGAUCUUCCCCUGGCUUAUUUGUUAAGCACGAUUGCCUACCUGGCCCUGAGCCUUCUUUGGAUAGUGAAAAGGUCGGUGGAAGGGUUCAAAAUCAACCUGAUUCGGAGUGAGGAGCACUUCCAGAGUUACUGCAACAAGAUCUUUGCUGGCUGGGACUUCUGCAUCACCAACCGCAGCACGGCCGAUCUGAAGCACAGCAGCUUGCGGUACGAGCUCCGGGCAGAUCUGGAGGAAGAAAGAAUACGGCAGAAAAUAGCGGAAAGGACCUCAGAAGAAACGAUUCGCAUUUAUUCUUUGAGGCUGUUUUUGAACUGUAUCGUUCUGGCUGUUCUGGUGGUGUGCUUUUAUGCCAUCUAUAUAGCAACUAUCUUCUCGCAAGAACACAUGAAAAAAGAGAUUGACAAGAUGGUUUUCGGAGAGAACCUCUUGAUACUGUACCUACCGUCUAUUGUGAUCACACUGGCCAAUUUUAUCACCCCAGUGAUUUUUGCCAAGAUCAUCCACUAUGAGGAUUAUUCCCCAGGCUUUGAGAUCCGGCUGACAAUCCUUAGGUGUGUCUUUAUGCGGCUGGCCACCAUCUGUGUGCUGGUGUUCACACUGGGCUCCAAGAUCACAUCCUGUGAUAACGGCACGUGUGAACUCUGUGGCUACAACCAGAAACUCUACCCGUGCUGGGAGACCCAAGUUGGGCAGGAAAUGUACAAGCUGAUGAUCUUCGACUUCAUCAUCAUCUUGGCUGUGACGCUCUUUGUGGAUUUUCCCAGAAACCUGCUAGUGACCUACUGUUCCUCGUGGAAGCUGAUUCAGUGCUGGGGGCAGCAGGAGUUUGCCAUUCCUGACAAUGUCCUGGGCAUUGUUUACGGGCAAACCAUUUGCUGGAUCGGAGCCUUUUUCUCACCCCUUCUUCCUGCGAUUGCAACCUUGAAAUUCAUUAUCAUCUUUUAUGUGAAAGAGUUGAGCCUUCUUUACACCUGCAGACCCUCCCCCAGGCAGUUCAGAGCAUCCAAUUCUAAUUUCUUCUUCCUGUUGGUAUUGCUGAUUGGGCUGUGUUUGGCAAUAAUACCUCUGACAAUCAGCAUGUCACGCAUCCCUUCCUCUAAAGCCUGUGGGCCGUUCACCAACUUCAACACCACCUGGGAGGUCAUCCCCAGGACGGUGAGCACCUUCCCCAGCUCGCUGCAGUCCUUGGUCCAUGGCAUCACGUCGGAAGCCUUCGCAGUUCCUUUCUUCAUGAUCAUCUGCCUCAUUAUGUUUUACUUCAUUGCCUUGGCCGGAGCACACAAACGGGUGGUCGACCAGCUUCGAGAGCAGCUGUCCCUGGAAAGUCGUGACAAGCGCUACCUAAUCCAGAAACUCACCGAAGCACAAAGGGACAUAAGGAACCAACCAGCAUAGACCAUGCAGGACAGUGGUGCUGCCUGUUGCUUCUCAGCUGACACAGUGACUCUGUCAAGCCUACAAAGUCCACCUGGGUUUUGAGUGGAAAUCUUAAAAUAUAUUUUUUGGAGUUUAGGCUCUUCCUGAUCGUGGCUCCCUAUGUGUAGCUGUGUUUACCUAACUCCGCAACUUAUUAAGCCAUUCAUGCUUUUACAACACAAAUUGAGGAGAGACUUUUCAAUUUUUUAAGAGCUUAUUUAUGUUGUCUUUUAAAGUUAACUUUAGAGCUCAUCAUUCAUGAGGCUGGGUUAUUUCUUGUGAACCACGUUGUAGGGGGUUAGGCUGACGAGUAUUCCUUAAGAAGCAGUGACCCUUUUGAAUGGCUCUGUUGACUUAAAAUGAAACCUGAUUUUUUUGUUUUUUUUUUAAUGAGCAGAAAUUCUCAAAUCGUGAGGUUGAGAACAGAUGGUGAGAAUGAAGAGGAAGGUUGUGUCAUUUCAGCUCAUAGUAGUAAUAAGAGCAAGAAACCCCAUCCCUACUAUGUGAAUAAGUCCCUGAAUGCCUUAGAUUAAGCCUCAGGAGGAAGGGAAUGGCUGCAGGAUGGCAGUUUCGGUUUCUUAGCUUUCAGGGCAUUUUGCUGCAGCCUUAUUUAUUACUCAGGGGAAAACUGUCUUUAGGGGGCUAGUUACCCACAAGCCUUCAGUUCUCAUCUAGUCCUGAGUUCUCAGACUUGCUGGACGACCCUGUGCCUUCAAAAUAAAGAGGUGGGCAAAGUUUGUCUCUCAGCCUUCCAAAUGCCAUUUCACUUCCUGGUUUACGCUAAGCUCUUCAUUUCUGAAGGACACUUACCAUUUCAGAGCCAGGCUGGAAAGAACAGUUUAGUAUCUGAGCUGAGAGUUUAUGUGCAUAAGUGUUUUGGGGAUGUGGGUUGCAGUUCAACCUGUUAAUAAGACCAGCCUGAGAAUGUGUACCAAGCUGAACUGGGGGCUGGUUUCUUAAAUACACGUGUCUACAUUUUUAAA